GGAUAGCAACACACAAUACAAAAGAAGUGAAACUUUCACUACAGAAGCUUGCUGUUUCAAAACUCAACAGCAAUGGCUUCUAUCUCAUGCAUCACCCACCACCCCGCCACUUCCAAGCUAAAAACUUUCUCCCCUUCACCUCACGCUUAUGCCUCAAACUUGGCUUCCAGGUUUCUGGGCACAAAAAAAAGUGUUGGGUGGCUCAGCCUCACCUCUAGUAUUGGCCCCUCCAACGGCUCCAGAGCCACGUGCUGGUUCAGGUUCGGGAAGAACGGUGUUGAUGCCGAAGGUGCUGGCAUUUAUGGCAGCCAGAGCCGUGAUGACUUCGAUAGAGAUGAUGUGGAGCAGUACUUCAACUACAUGGGGAUGCUAGCAGUAGAUGGAACCUAUGAUAAAAUGGAAGCCCUUCUAAGCCUAAACAUCCACCCUGUGGACAUCCUUCUCCUAUUAGCUGCAUCAGAAGGUGACAAGCCAAAAAUUGAAGAACUCCUGAGAGCUGGAGCAAAAUAUGAUGUAAAAGAUAGAGAGGGUAGGACCGCAUUGGACCGAGCCAACGAAGAAAUUAAAGAAUUCAUUCUUAAUUUUUCAGUGCAAAGGGCAUGAUUUGUUUGUUUCCACCAUAAGCAUGCCUAUUCAGCUACAUAGUUGCUAACAUUUUGAUAACUUUUGAACUCUGUUAGUUUAUAUGCUUUGGAUUAAUCAUCAGAAUGGAUUUGAAUA